GUGAACUCGACCGGUCGUGAGUUGCUUUGAACCUGUGCGCGUUACGGCUGGACCUCCCUGCUUUGGUUUUUCGCUGUCCUCUGGGGACUUUUUUUUUUCUUUGAAUACUUGAGUUUGAGGUGGGGGAAUCUGUCUAACUAACUAGAUAUGGGCCCGAAACAAAAAGGUGGUGCGUCCAAGAGGGCGAAUGCCACGGAGGAGGUGGAGGAGACUUUGCAGGCUGUGGUGCUUGCGGAUACGUUUGAGACUCGGUUCGAGCCCUUCACACUGGAGAAGCCUCGGUGUCUCUUGCCCCUUGCGAACACGCCUUUGAUCGAGUAUACGCUUGAGUUCCUUGCCAACGCCGGUGUCCAGGACGUUUUCUUGUACGGUGGCGCGCACUCGGAUCAGUUGGAGAAAUACAUCAAUGCGUCGAAAUGGAGAGCGCCGUCGUCGCCGUUCAAGCAGUUGACCUUCCUCAAGUCGACGUCGACAUCCGUCGGAGAUGUCAUGCGUGAUCUCGACGGCAAGCAUCUGAUCACGGGCGAUUUCAUCGUGGUCAGCGGCGAUGUCAUCAGCAACCUGCCCAUCGAAGGUGCGCUGACCAAGCACCGUGCCCGUCGUGAGUCCGACAAGAACGCGAUCAUGACCAUGGUGCUGCGCGAGGCUGGUCGCAACCACAGGACCAAGUCGUCGUCUGUGUCGCCUGUCUUCGUCAUCGACCCCACCAAGGACCGCUGCAUACACUACGAGGAGAUCGAUCACUACUCGCCGGAGUCUUCCCGCCUGAACAUUGAUACCGAACUCAUCACUACGCACCAGGAGAUUGAUCUUCGCCAAGACCUGAUUGACUGCAAUAUCGAUAUCUGUACCCCGGACGUGCUCAGCCUCUGGUCUGACAGCUUCGAUUACCAGGCGCCCCGGAAACAGUUCCUGUUCGGCGUGUUGAAGGACUACGAGCUGAAUGGAAAGACGAUCCAUACCCACAUCAUCAAGGACCACUAUGCCGCGCGGGUGCGGAACCUGAAGGCCUACGAUGCCGUCAGCAAGGAUAUCAUCUCUCGUUGGACGUACCCCCUGUGUCCCGAUACGAACCUGCUCCCCGGUCACAACUACGAGCUCCGGAAGGGAAGCCUGUACCAGGAACAGGGCGUGACUCUGGCCCGCUCAUGCGUUAUCGGGCGGCGCACGGUUAUCGGUCAGGGCACGAGCAUCGGGGACAAGACGACGGUUAAGAACACGGUUCUCGGACGGAACUGCAAGAUCGGCAAGAAUGUCACGCUGGACGGUGCCUAUAUUUGGGACGGCGCGGUGAUCGGUGAUGGAACGACUGUCAACCAGGCCAUCGUUGCUGACCGGGCGGUGGUGGGCAAAAACUGCAUCAUCGAGCCUGGGUCUCUGAUCUCGUAUGGGGUGGAGAUUGCCGACGGUGUUAACGUCACCGAGGGCAGGCGGAUAACAAAGGCUCCCCGGGAGGAUGAUGAUGGCGAGCCAACCAAUGAACCCGAGGUCGUCGGAGAAGGCGGCAAGGGAUACGAAUACGUUCCGUAUGAAGACGAAGAUGACGAUGAGACGGCCAGCAAUGCUUCGUCUGGUUUGAUUUACAACAUGGCGAACCUGUCACUUUCCACCGAGUCGAUCUCGACGCUAUCUUCCGAGAUCACAGACUUCGGAGGAUCUCGCUCCGGAAGUUUCAGUACUACGAUGUCCGAGGACGACGAGGAUCACUUCGUGCACGAUGCCGCGGCUAGUGUCUACGAUAGUUUGCGGGAUAGCGUCACGUCGGACGUGGUACAGCUGGAGCUGGUCAGUCUACGGAUGACAGCCAACGCUUCCGACCACCAGGUCCGCCGCGCCGUGGUGUCGGCCUUCAUGAAGCGCAUCCAACAGUUGAUGGAAGGCGGCAAGGGAGCCGGCGAGGUCAUCCGGGAGAUCUUUGGCAAGUACCGGGAGAUCGUCGAACGGGCUCUCUUCGACCGGGACAGCAAGACCAAGUCCGACCAGGUGGACCUGCUGGUUCUCAUCCAGCAGGAUCUUGUGCACCGCAGCCGGGGUGACACGGUUCUGCUUUUCACGGCCAAGGAACUGUACGAGCUGGAGAUCCUGGAGGAGGAGGCUUACGAGCAAUGGUGGGCUGAUGAGCGGUCGAGCAACAGCGAGGAGAUGCGACAGGUGCGCAGCCAAACCCAACAGUUUGUGGACUGGCUGGCCAAUGCCGAAGAGGAAGAGAGCAGCGAGGAGGAGAGUGAUGAUGAGGAGGACAGCGAUGAAGAUGAUGAGUAGAUGAAAUAGACCAUGGCCCAUAAUGCUAGCAAAAUCAAGACCCAUGAGGGAAUCUUCACAAUCAAUGAAUGGAUCGAUUGAAUGGGGCCUGGAUGGGUGCCUGCUUGCC